AUGUCCAAACCAUCUAUCGGUUUCGUCGGCCUCGGAGCCAUGGGCUUCGGCAUGGCCACCCACCUCGUGAAAGAAGGCUAUCCAGUCCACGGCUUUGACGUAUUCCCCGCCUCAGUAGAACGCUUCGCCGCCGCAGGCGGUAUUCCCACAUCUUCGCUCCAGGAAUCAGCACAGGACAAGGAUUUCUACGUAUGCAUGGUCGCGUCUGCGCCGCAGGUACAGAGCGUACUCUUCGGCGAGGGAGGCAUUGUCGCAGCUCUCCCUCAGAACGCGACUCUCCUACUCUGCUCCACGGUCCCGGCCACAUACGCCCAGUCCGUAGCUGCGGAAUUGGCCGCACUCGGACGAUCCGAUAUCAGUUUCAUUGAUGCGCCGGUCUCGGGUGGUGCGCUGCGUGCCGCUGCGGGGUCAUUAUCGAUCAUGGCGGGAGCGCCCGAGUCAGCGCUCGAGAAAGGCCGGUUCCUGCUGCAGGAGAUGUCGGAUGCGAACAAGCUAUACCUUGUCCCCGGGGGCAUUGGAGCAGGCAGUAAUAUGAAGAUGGUGCAUCAGGUCCUGGCGGGGAUCCAUAUUCUGGGUGCGAGUGAGGCGAUGGGAUUCGCUGCCAGGCUUGGGUUGGGGGCCGUGGCUACGGCGGAGGCGAUUAAAGGAUCUGCGGCUUGGUCGUGGAUGCAUGAAAACCGGUUGCAAAGGAUGCUGGAGGAGGAUUGGCAUCCUGGCGCUAGUGCAUUGACUAUCAUUUUAAAGGAUGUGGGCAUCAUCACAACAUCGGCGAGACAAAGUCAAUUCCCGACUCCACUGUGCUCGACCGCCGAGCAGGUUUAUCUCUCUGCUUUGUUGCAGGGGUAUGGCGCUGUUGAUGAUUCGUCUAUGGUGCGACAAUACUUCGGUGAGCCAAUUAUGAAGGUAUCAGCACAGGGGGAGCCGAAAGAUCUGCAGCUGGUGCUUGAUCUAAUGGAAGUUACCAACCUUGUUGCUGCAGCUGAGGCGGUCGCAUUUGCGCGGUAUCUAAAUGUUGAUCUGAAGCAAUUCUAUACCCUUGUGGGCGAUGCUGCGGGCGCGAGCCGACAGUUCAUGACAAAGGGGUUGGAGAUGAUCGAGGGGCAGAUCGGAGUCGGAUCGGAGACGCUUGAUGCGGCUACUGCCCGCCUUGAGGGGCCCGUCCAGAAAGCGCGAGAUCUGCAUUGUCCUUUGAACUUGGGAAAUUCAGCUUUGAAUGUGUUGUACAUGGCAAAGAAAUCCGGGCUUGGUGCGGAGGGAAGUUCAAGCGUGGUGAAAACCUUUGGAAACUAG